AUGAGAGUGGUACCAGAACAGAGUGUGCCAGUGGACAAAGAAACACAAAAUGACGAAGAUACGAAUCUAAAAACAUCGGUUUUUGGUACUCGAACCCGCUUUGUUAUGGUAGUCAUCGUACUCAUUUGCCUUGCUAGCAUAUGGUCCAAUAUAUUGGCGUUCAAUUUUGCUGUGAUCUGCAUGGAAACACCGCAAAAUGUUUCGAACGGUGACGAGUCACUGGAUACAUCCGACAGACAUGACUUUACCAACAGAGAGCAAAGCUGGCUGACAUCUAUAGUAGCCGUGGCAGCACUGCUGGCCAAUUUACCAGUGGUGACGCUGAUCAACCACUUUGGCAUUCGAACUGUUUUUACGAGUCUCGGUGUGCUUUCAUCGGCUUCCACGUGCCUCAUACCACUUGCACUUCAGGUCAAUCUUCCCAUUUUUUACCUUCUGAUAUUCUUGUAUGUUGUUUUCACAAUCGAUGCUAUAUUAGAGUUAAAAUAG